UAUUGAACGUGUAGCACGCAUUCACUACCGGUAGCAUGUCACAGAAGACAGUUGGUGGACGUUUCAACGUCAUGAGUUUUGGCCUCAUUGGUGGGUUUUUGAUUGGUUUGUAUUUGGUGAAGGACUACCAAAUAAUAAAAUACUCACCGCCUAACCCUGAAAAUUUUGACGAAAACGGGAACUGGAAGGAAUCGUCAUUCAUAAAGGUACGCUUGAGCGAUAAAGUCGCUCCAUUAGAGAAGAAAACAUCGACGGAGGGAAGCUCCUCUGAGCAAAAGUGAUUGUGGAACUGAAAAACCCACAAAACGACCAUUUCAAUUCCCUAAAGCAUGUAUAUAAUACAAGUAUAAAAAUGACCUAUAGAAGUUUUUAGAAGCGAUCGCAAAUUAUUUUGGUAACGAUUUCAUCAUUUGUACCUGC